AUGAAGUUCCUGUCAAGCAGCAGUAAAUUUCUAGUACAUGGCUUCCUGAUAGCCCCCGUCCUGUGCGACUCGUUCAACCUCUCUGCCUGGGAAUCAACCACCGGAGGCUCUGUUAUCACUCACAGAAUAUGGUACGGGGAUGGUCUGGCAUACACUGGCGCCGGUAUUCCAUCAAGUGUCAAGGAGGCGUUCAACAUCACAUCCCUCGGCAAUAGAGCCGACCUGAUAUACGUCUCCGUCGAUGAGACAACGAGUGCACCUGGCACCCCGCCGCUGCCGGACCCGACCUUUCUCGUCAUCAACACUGCCCCUGGGGCGUCUGAUCCUCUCUUCUUCACUCACUCGGCGGUCAAUCUCAGCGACACGGAUGUCUACAUCUGGAUAGGCUAUGAGGGCUUCCUGUUGGCCAUGGCUCGGGGGAACCUGCUUCAGUCCGGCUCUGGCGGCUUCUACAUAGUUCCUAGCGACCUGGAAGGCACCUACACGGUUCGAUACAUAACCGAGGGCGCGACGGCCGAGAAGUUGGGUGCCCGGAAAGUCAUGCUCACCAGUCGCCAGCUCAGGUAG